AUGGGUCGGAAGAAUGUGCAGAAGGGACGAGCCGAAGCACUGGAGAAAGCAAAAGAGCUGCCGGAUGUGAUCACUUUCGAGCACGUUUGGAAUAUGUACAAUCUGACGAGGAUCACUUGCGGUUUACACAACUAUCCGAAUCCGAAAGCGUCGAAUUGUCGAGACAAUCCAUAUUGUUUGAAGAGGAUCGGACUGGAGAAAUUCGAGAAGCUCAUCAAAUCGUGUGAAACCGACCAGAAAAAGAUCGAGAAGAUAGUCGAGCCGCGUAAUGUUGAAACUCAACCAUGUGGCCUCACCAAUUCCGGGAACUUCUGUUACGUUAAUAGUUUUCUACAGAUUUGGUUCAAUGACCCAGUCUUCCGGCAAAUUAUUUAUGAUUGGCGACCCUCGAUAGAAUUUAUCUCUGCUAAUCCGAAGUGUGAUGUACAAGAUAUUAUGAAUCAUCUUCAGAAAUUGUUCUACUACCUCGCUUUUUCGCCUUUUGAAAGCUGUGAUGUCCAAGACUUUGUGAACAUUCUUCGACUGGACAAUCAACAACAAGAUUCGCAUGAGUUCAGUCUUCUUUUCUUCAACAUGCUUGAUCGACAUCUCAGGACCCAUCCAAACGGCGAAACGAUUAGGAAACAAUUCAUGUGUCGAUUACAAGGCUCAAUCACUCAAGAAAUCAAGUGCACUUGUGGGCGGGGAAGCCGAAAAACGGACGAGUCUCUUUCACUGGAUCUCAGCAUUAUAAAUGCGAAAACGCUCUCGGGUUGUAUCAAGAAUUAUUUUGCGACAGAAAGUCUUGACGAUUAUCAAUGUGAUGAAUGCGGGCAACGUGGAAACGUGCAGAAAUCACUGGAAUUCACACGGCUACCCCAAGUAUUAUUGUUGCAAUUGAAACGACAUGUCUUUGACGAGAAAGGGCAGUUCAAGAAGUCGAAAACGGCUGUGCAAUACCCGCGAAAGUUGAACGGGUCCGUGUUGAAUAAAGCGUUUGGUGAUAUUGAGUACGACUUGUGUGCCGUGCUAAUCCACGAGGGUGAUGAGACAAAAUGUGGGCAUUACUAUGACAUCAUCCUGAGGAAUGAGGACAAGAAAUGGUAUCAAUACAAUGACACGGUAGUGAAAGAGUCCAAAGCGCCCGGAUCGGCCAACGAGAAUUCCCAUCCGUCGUCCAGCAAAUCGUCACCCGAUCAGCGGACGUGGUAUGGUCUUGUUUAUCGCCAACAUCUCAACGAGCCGACUCAGUUUCGACCGCCACCUGAACAUCUAACGAAACCUUGGCGAGCCAGUAUUGACGAACGUUUUGAAAGCGAGAGCGGGAAAACGAUUAGUGCAACGUUAGCCGGAGUGGAUGAAGUGCGGAAAAGACAAGAUGUUCUAUCGGUGCUCAUGGAUGAGCUUGAGUUAUGCCCUCACAAAGAGAACGAGUACACCGCUCAUCCCGAAGUCAUUUCAUUUCUACCAGUUUCAUUGCUCAGCGAUAUAAUCGCCAACGAAUUCGAACGGGUUCAGAGCAAGAAGAAUUUCUUGGAAAAUCAAGGAAAAGAUGUGGAUGUUAAGGAUCCGGAUGUUGAAAUGUAUGCUGUGUCCACAGCAGUGCAAUCCACGAGUCGACCUCGGUUGCGUAAGCGUCAAGCUUUUCAAGUGGAAGAACGAGGGAAAAACUUUAUCGAGCGUGAGCUGAUCGCCAAAAAGUUGAAAGACCACGAGAUGCUACUCUGCUCACACAAGAAGAUUCACAUUGAUCAGAUUUCAUCCGGUGAUGUGAAAGCAGUGAACGCGGCCGCGAUGGACAAGCUGCUGAAUCGAUACGGCUUUUCGCUGAACUACGAAGUGGAUGUGCUGAGGAAGGAUAAAUUCGGGACGCUUAGAGGCUCUGAACUUUGCUUGGAUUGUGUGCAAGAUCUUCGACUCGAAGCGAUCUCGAUGGACUCUCUCGAAAGAGACGAAAAGCUUGCAGUUCGAGUAUUGAAAGAGGAAAAGACAAGAUGCUCGACGCGUGUCAACAACCCGACUAAUGGUGAUUACUAUAUUGCGAAGAAAGCUCUGCAAGCAUAUAAACGAUUGUUGACACGAGAGCAGGAAUAUCGAAGGCAUCAAAGGGAGAUUUGCAGCAGAUUGAUAUUUUCGACGAGCAAGCCUUACACGCAUAAAGGAGGAACUUCGUCAGCUGGAUCGAGUCAAAAACAGGAGUCGGACAUCGAUUCGGUCGCAUCGACAAACAAACGAAUCCGAAUGGAUUUGAUCACCGAAAAGGAUGAAGCAAUCAAACGUGAGAAUGAUGAGGGAUUGACAAAUGGGACAUCACUGAUGAAGAUCACCGAGGAACAAGAUGAGGAGAUACUGCGCGAUGUCGGCAAUAUUUUGCUUGACAUUAUUGACGAUGUUUCACAAAAGGAGAAGUGUCAGCUUACAAAUGGAGAUGAAUCGUCGCAUUCGGAUGAUGAAAGUGGACCCUCGAAGAAUGGAAAACUUGACGAUGAAGACUUUGGUUCUGCCGAAUUUAAUGCUGAAUUGAGAUGUGUACAUGGGAAUUUGAAUGCGCACGAGUUUCGAUUUGCUGUCUCUCCAGACGAGUGGCGUCAAUUGAACGAAAAUUUCAGGAGAUUUUACGAGGUGCCAGUCGAAGUCCCUGUAUGCAGCAAUUGUGAAUUCGAUGAGCAAUUGAAAAAGUAUGGUGAUGAAGAGAAUAAUCAUCGAGUGCAGGAAUUAACACGAAAGAUCCACCCUUUGUUGAAAUCAUAUGAAAUGAGAAAGGAUAUCAAAGUGAGCGAUAUGGGAAAGAAGUACAAAUAUCUGGUGUGCAAUCGUUUUUUUGAAAAUCUCAACAAAGCUGCGAGGGCGGUUCGUUCUCGUCGUCCCGCCGUCUCGAUGUGCCAGGAUUGUUUACUUUGUGUAGAUCAUGGUCGACCGUUCAUCACAAUCAAUCCGGAUGAGUUGAAGGAGAUGGCUUAUCCGAUCCCGGUGACGGAAGAAGAAUGGACGAGCAUUCGUGAUAUGAUGGGUCGAGGAGAUCAGUGCCAGCCAAUCGCUUAUCAGCUGCAUGAUGGUGGAUCGAUUGAGAGUUUCUGCGACGAAUGUCACGACAAAUUCCUUCAAGCCUACAAUGAGAAGCAGUACUUGUACGACAAUGGGACUUUAUAUGUCAAAAUGCAAAUGGAUUUGUCAGAUGAAAGUGAGACGGCGGCUUCGCAAAAAGUGGCCGCUCCAUCAACUCGGCGAAAUGCGUUGAAAAAUUUGCUCAAAGUGAAAAUGAGUAGCAAGGAAACGGUGCACGAGUUGAAAGUGAAAUUAUAUCGACUCACACAGCACAGUCCAGUUGAUCAACUACUUUAUCAAGCGCUUGGUGGUGUGCUGCUCGAGGAUGAGAUGACGCUCGAAACAGCUCGUGUUCUUCCAAAUAAUCAGGACAAUCCACUGGUGCUUCAUGUGCAAGCGAGGAGCGCAAAUCCUUUGCCAACCGAUGAGAUCCGAACACCCGAACGGGGAUUUGCCGACACCGCGCUGGCUCAU